GUUGAGUCGAGCAGAGGCGCAGAGGGGGAGGAGAGAGAAAUCGUUAACUUCCUGUUUUCUGAACGCAUCCAAAUAUAUAGAGCAUACAGGAAGAUGUGCAGCGGAUACACACCCGAUUUGAGCUCUCACUGAACCCUGCUGCAAAUGCGGAUCGUUUCUGGGAUUUCCAGCACCGUCUGCAUUCCUGGAUCCCUGGUCCUGCUCUGCUCUCCAGCCGGAGGUAGCGACUCAUCAACCGGCCAGGGCCGCCACCGAGCCCCGGGGCCCCGACCGCAUCUUUGUGCGUCUACAACGAAAAGCAGGGGGCUUUUGAUUACCGGUGUUCAUCUGCAGAAGGUCGGAUGAAUCGCAUCAGGUGACCUCGAUAUGGCAGUGCUGAAGCUCGCCGAUCAGCCGGCUCUUGUUCAAGCCAUCUUCAAUGGAGACCCCGAGGAGAUCCGCAUGCUCAUCUACAAAUCGGAGGACGUCAAUGCACUGGACACAGAGAAGCGUACACCCCUCCAUGCAGCAGCGUUCCUCGGUGAUGCAGAGAUCAUUGAGCUCCUCAUCCUCUCCGGAGCCCGGGUCAAUGCCAAAGACAACAUGUGGCUCACCCCUCUUCACAGGGCCGUGGCAUCACGGAGUGAGGAGGCAGUGCGUGUGCUGAUCCGUCACUCAGCCGACGUGAACGCACGUGACAAGAACUGGCAGACGCCUCUUCAUGUGGCAGCCGCAAAUAAGGCUCUGCGUUGUGCUGAGCUCAUCAUCCCACUGUUGAGCAGUGUAAAUGUGUCAGAUCGUGGUGGGAGAACUGCUCUGCACCACGCCGCCCUCAACGGACACACCCAGAUGGUCAAUCUGCUGCUGGCCAAGGGGGCCAAUAUUAAUGCCUUCGACAAGAAGGACAGCCGUGCUCUUCACUGGGCAGCUUACAUGGGUCACUUGGAGGUGGUGUGUUUACUGGUGGAGCAGGGGGCUGAGGUCAGCUGUAAGGACAAGAGAGGAUACACACCUUUUCAUGCUGCCGCCUCCAGUGGACAGAUUGCUGUGGUUGAACACCUGCUCAGCCUGUCGGUGGAGAUAGAUGAAGCGAAUGCGUUCGGGAACACGGCUCUGCACGUGGCAUGCUUUAAUGGUCAGGAUGCUGUGGUGAGCGAGCUGAUUGACCACGGUGCUAACGUGAGUCAGCCCAAUAACAAAGGCUUCACCCCUCUCCACUUUGCUGCUGCGUCCACACACGGCGCCCUCUGCCUCGAGUUCCUGGUCAACAACGGAGCUGACGUGAACGUGCAGAGCCGAGAUGGGAAGAGUCCUCUGCAUAUGAUCUCAGUGCACGGUCGCUUUACUCGCUCACAGACUCUCAUUCAGAACGGCGGAGAGAUCGACUGUGUGGAUAAGGAUGGAAAUACUCCGUUACACAUUGCCGCUCGUUACGGCCAUGAACUCCUCAUCAACACCUUGAUCACAGGCGGGGCCGACUGCACCAGAAGAGGAAUUUAUGGAAUGUUUCCCCUGCACCUCGCAGCUCUGAAUGCUCAUGCUGACUGCUGCCGGAAACUUGUCUCCUCAGGCUUCCAGAUCGACACCCCGGACAACCUGGGCAGGACAUGUCUUCACGCAGCUGCUGCUGGAGGCAAUGUGGAGUGUGUGAAGCUGUUGCUCAGCAGUGGAGCAGAUCACAACCGCACGGACAAACAUGGCAGGACUCCUCUCCACUACGCAGCUGCAAGUCGUCAUUUUCAGUGCUUAGAGACUCUGGUGUCCUGUGGUACGUGUAUUAAUGCCACUGAUCAAUGGGGACGGUCCGCCCUGCAUUACGCUGCUGCCUCAGACCUGGACAGGAGGCGGCGUGUCGCCCUGGAGCCAGAGAGUCCUGGAGUUCAGGCAGAGAAAGAGAAGGAAGCAGCUAUGUGCCUCGAGUUCUUGUUGAAAAGCAAUGCAACUGCCUCACUGAAGGACAAGCAAGGUUAUAAUGCUGUUCACUACGCUGCUGCCUAUGGUCAUCGACGCUGCCUGGAGCUGCUCCUGGAGCAAGAGGACCGAAAUCAGGAUAAAGGAAUGAACGGUAACGCCCGGAGUCCACUACAUCUAGCCGCAUACCAUGGUCAUGCACAAGCUCUGGAGGUGCUUCUGCAGGGUCACUGCGAUGUGGAUCAGGGCGAUGAGGUGGGCCGCACCGCUCUCGCCUUUGCCGCCCUCAGGGGUCACACUGACUGUGCUCUGACGCUACUGAACCACGGGGCUUCAGUGCGCUGCACAGACACGGGUCACAGACGCACGCCCAUCCAUCUAGCAGUUAUGAAUGGCCAUACAUCGUGUGUGCGCCUCCUGCUGGAAGACUCGGACAGCGCAGACCUGGUGAAUGCAGCUGAUUCUCAGGGACAGACCCCUCUGAUGCUGGCAGUUCUGGGGGGUCAUGUGGAUGCGGUGUCUCUGCUGUUAGAGCGAGAGGCCAAUGUAGAUGCAGCAGAUCAUCGGGGACUGACUGCUCUUCACUUAGGGUUGCUGUGUGGUCAGGAAGAGUCUGUACAGUGUCUCUUAGAGCAGGAGGCUUCGGUGUUGGUGGGUGAUUACAGAGGGCGUUCAGCACUCCACAUAGCUGCAGCUCGAGGUCACGCGUCCUGCCUCAGUGAGCUGCUGACUAUGGCCUGUUCUGAGAGCCUGUUCCCUGCUCUGAGAGAUCGCCAUGGAUACACACCCUUACACUGGGCCUGCUACAACGGUCAUGAGGGCUGUGUGGAGGUGCUGCUGGAACAGAAAGGCUGUCAAUGCUUCGAUGGGAACCCCUUCACCCCUCUGCACUGUGCUGUAAUAAAUGACCAGGAGUCUUGUGCAACUCUUCUCCUGGAAGCAUUGGGUAGUGAGAUAGUAACCUGCAAGGACUCCAAAGACAGGACUCCUCUUCAUGCAGCUGCUUUUGCUGGCCAUUUGGAUUGUCUUCAGCUGCUGCUUGCCAACGAUGCUUCUGUGGAUGACGUGGACCAAUCAGGGCGCAGUGCGCUCAUGAUGGCAGCUCAGAGGGGCGCAGUCGGAGCUGUAGAGGCUCUUCUGACAAGUGGCAACGUAGACCUCACCUUGAAGGACCAAAAUGGCAACACUGCCCUGCACCACGCUUGCAGCAGCGGCAAUGAAGAAUGUGCUUUGUUCAUUUUGGAGAAACUUCCAGAUGCUGCUUUGGUCAACGUCACGAACGGCGCACUCCAGACACCCCUCCACCUUGCAGCUCGCAGUGGGCUGAAGCAGACGGUGCAGAAGCUGAUGUCUCUCGGUGCCAACGUGCAGCAGUUAGAUGAGAAUGGUCUCACUCCUGCUCUGGCUUGUGCUCCUAGCAAGGAGGUUGCUGAGUGCCUGGCACUCAUUCUGGCUACCAUGAUGCCUUUUUGCUCCCCUUGCAGCUCCGACGCUCCCUCUCCAGGCACCCUGUUGAGAUCUCUUCCUCGCCACGCCAAGGGCCCUCAGGCUCCACGCAGCCCCAACGAUCCUUCUGGUCCGUCCAACGAGGGCACGACCACCGAGAACGACUCCGACUCUGAGACCUUUUGACCUCUGCCCCUUUCUGGAGUCCUUUUCCCUUCCACCUCUAGACUUCUUACAGCACUUGCAGACCUCCGAGGAUUGUACGAAAAAUCCUCCAUUUCCAUGCACUGAAGGCUGGUCUAUGCUUCAUGUAGCCACUCGAAUUAUGAAACGUGACGGAAAACACGUCUUAUCCAAAGCUCCAUUGAUAUCCUAGUGCUGACGAGCUCGUUGGCGUGAGAAGCAUAAAUCAGCCUUCACAAGAACAUCGGUACAUUUUGAUUACACAGAGACUUUUUAAAAGCCGUUUUAGAAUUCCUUUUUUUCUUAUCUGAUCCAUGAAAAAAACAGAUGGUGUAGAUUGUUUUUCUUUUAUAAAUUUUAAUUGUAAUUAAUGGACAAAUCAUCUGCCAAAUAUUGACUCAGCAAAACCACAGUUAGGGUACGCUGUAUGUUUGUUUGCAAGCACAAACCCCAGACAAGUACAAAGACAUGUUGUGUAUGUUGUUACUAAACAGAUGUUUACUAAUAAGUCCUCGUUAACAUCAUUUUAGUUCAGAUCGAGGACCAAGGACAUUGUUUUUAGGCAAACAGGGGAUUUGCAAACUACUGCCACAGACUGAUUGGGAUUUAUAUAUAUAUUGUGUGUGUGUGUGUGUGUGUGUGUGUGUGUGUGUGUGUGUGUGUGUGUGUUUAAAACUUGGAGAAAGAAUACGUUGUACUAGAAAUGUGCAAGCACAUCCGCACAUUAUUAGUGGUAUAAAUGUGUGUAAAUGAAAUGUUAUUAGACCUGAUAGAUGGCGAAGACCAACCAGUCCUGAAGAGUCUAUUACAAUACAAAAAGCUUAAGAAGGUCUAUAUUUAAACCUAAUGCUCUGGGAGUGUUUCUCUGCCACUUUUAUAAUCAUUUACACCGACAGUAUUAAAAUACAAUUAAUUCCACAGGGCCAAGUGAGCACAGCUGCCACACACUCGUGUCUAAAGAGUGUUUAUGCAUAAAAUGGUACAAAUAAUUUGUCUUAAAUAUCUGGACUUAGGCGUUGCUUAGUAGUUGAGCAAAGAACCAUAAAUCCAAUGCUUUCUCUCUCUCUUUUUAUUUUUCCCUUUUUUGCGUUUUGUUCUGCUUUUCUACAAAUCCACUCAAAAACCAGCUACAAGCGAACAGUGCAGCUGGAGUCAGGUUUUCAGGAGGAACGUUACAUUUGUUCCGAUUGAAUCUUUUUUUGUAGUUGUGGUAAUUAUUAUUAUUAAUCUAAACCAAUUGCUCGUACAGAUGGUGCUAAAUUUUUGACCUUCAAUUGAUUUAUUGAAAUUUGACCAAAAAUACUAAUUUAGAUAAAGAAAUAAGAUAAAUCCCCCCAACAUCCUAAUCAUUUUUGUCCACAAUCUGCCAGUUUCUGAAACUUGUCCAGUGCCUUGUUUUGUUUUGGAAAAAUGUGAAAAGGGGGAUUUUAUGGGUUCUUACUGUUCUUAAUGUCUUUUCAUUAUACAGAUCUGUGUGUGUGUGUGUGUGUGUGUGUGUGUGUGUGUGUGUGUGUGUGUUACAAAUGACGAUGUUGGCUACAUUCCUAACGCAUACUGUAUUUUAGCUCAUGGGAAUCGAUACACAGGGCUUGCACACAAAUCGUUGUCCAUCACAAGCACAUGACUAACUGCUUCCUCUCACACGGGCUCGGAUCAGUAACGAGCCGAACGAUGCACCGAAGUGAAAAUCUUAUCAGUAUUAUGCCAGACUGAGACUAAGCUUUGCCAAUCAUGACAAUCCUAUUGUGUGCCACAUGUUCCUCAUGCAGUAUGAAAUGCUGUUAGUCAGCGAAACAUUCUUUUCUAUAAAUCGUAUCCUUAUAAAAUG